GCCGGCCGCGCUCCCCACCUUGCCUGCGCCCGCGCGAGCCGAGCACAUCUCCACGCACCGAGCAUCCAGAGAGUCGCGCCGCGCGCCGACGGAGCGGACAUGGGCAGAGCGAUGGUGGUCAGGCUAGGGCUGGGGUUGCUGCUUCUGGCACUGCUCCUACCCACGCAGAUUUAUUGCAACCAAACAUCGGUUGCACCGUUUUCCGGGAACCAGAAUAUCUCUGCUGCCCCAAAUCCAACUAAUGCUACCACCAGAUCUGGGUGUAGCUCCCUGCAGUCCACAGCCGGUCUCCUGGCUCUUUCUCUCUCUCUCCUACAUCUCUACUGUUAGAGACUCAGGCCAAGAAACGUCUCUACUUCCCCAUCUAGACCCACCCCGAAUGGCAACCACAAGUCCAAUGUGACCAGGAAGAGACAGGUCCACAUCAAAUCGGCUGUUACCAUUACCUCAACAGAAAACACUGAGAAUCCGAAAUUCGACUGGCUUAAAGGACGCGUGAAGGGUUUGAGAGCUGAGAGAUGCCAAUAUGGGAUCUGCUGGAGUUUUAUGUCCGAGAUGGAGACAAGCUUCCAAAAUUGACGUGAUUUGCUCGAAAUGUGGCUUAAGAAAUGUGGACACUUAAAACUCUCACUCGAAAUCGGGCGUAGGUUUGAUGUAGAGGGAGAAGGAUGGGCUGUGGAAUGGAGGUCCAUUAUUUUCAUUGGUUCCUUCGACCUAUAAGGCCGUAACGCAGUUAGGUGGUAUUCAAAAGCUUCUCUGAUGCUAUUUCCGUGUAUGUUGGAAGGAACUACCAGGUGUUACUUUAAAUCCCCGAUGUGUUGUUUUGUUACUACUAAUUUAAUAGGCUAAACUCUAGGUGAAGUCCCAUGUCGUUGACCUCUGGUUCUUCUCUCCAGAACGGAACAUUUUACACCCUCCUUCUGUGGCUUUAGGUCUGACAUAUUGUAUUUGACCUUUGUUAGUAAUUGACACGGGCCAGGCAACGAUGGAUUGGAACCCACCCCCAAAUCCAGCCACCCCUGAAUAAAUCUGAUUUCAAAAGUCACAAUGGCAGAGCAUUUCCCAGUGUCUUUUCUCACUCACCACGGGUACCAAGUUCACUUAGGUGAGCUGGUUCUCCAGAGAGCAGAAUUCUGUUGAUCUCGGCUAAUCUCCAAACGCUGCGUUUUAUUUUGGCGGAUGUCGAGGGCUUUUCACGAUUUAAAGCGUGGUCUGUUAGCAAGGCCAACGUUAUGAGUCUUGAAAUUCUACAGGCAAAUAUGCAACCCAGCAUUUGGGAUGUGAGGACUGGAAGCUCUCACUGAAUUCACAAAGUCUUUUAUACAAUUUCUGUAAAUACUUUUUUUUUUUUUUUAAAGAGAAAAACAAAACCAUGGAUCGGAAUAGCCAUGUUUGGAAUACUUUGGUUAUCAGUUCAUAUUUUUAGAUAGUUUGACAUUGGUCCUGUGCCUGAGAGGGGGUUUGGUUCUACAGUAAGUUUUUUUUUUUCCAAUUUCCUUGAUACACACAUACCUUCUAAAACACAGACAUUUCCUCAAAAAAAAAAAAAAAAUCCUUUUGUUCGCAUGGUCACACACUGAUGCUUACCCAUUCUGGGAUCUAAUACGGUCACAGUAGUCUUGAUAACCAGAAUCAUUUUUUUCUCCGUCUUUAGAAACCUACCCGGGAACAAGGAGACCUCACAGACCCGAAGCUACUGUGUGUGUGAAUGAACACUCCCCUUGCCUCAUACCCGAAUGCUGUACAUCUAUUUGAUUGUAUAUUGUGUUUGUGUAUUUAUGCUUUGAUUCAUAGUAACUUCUCAUGUUAUGGAAUUGAUUUGCAUUGAACACAAACUGUAAAUAAAAGAAAGAAAUGGCUGAAAGAGCA